ACCGCCGUCCCCGUCCUUCCUCGUCGGGGCGUCGCGUUCCUGCCCCCUCCGCUCCGUCCGGAGUCGGCAGCCGUUCGGUUGUGAGGUAUGGGGCGGUUUUCGUCCGGCGACUAGUCCAGUCCCGCGAUCCAUGGGCGCGCGCCGUCCGUCUAGAUCCGCCCCUGGUCUGCAGGGGGUUUCUUGAUCCUGGGGAAUUUUUCGGGGAGGCGUGCAGGAGGCGCAUUUUCCUCUUCUUCCUCUGGUCUCCGCGGUCGGGUAUCUUUCUUGCUUUUUGGCCAUGCCAGCGGCUCCGGCGGUGGGCAGCAGCGGUCAUGUCGCCGAUGGCAGGGCCAGCUGUCGGGGUAACCUUCUUCGCCCCCACCCCCCUGCUCGCCCCGGCCCCGGCGCGCCGGUGCCUGUCCGUGGUCAUACGGUGGAGACGAUCGAGUCUUCAGGUGACACGGCUGCUGACAAUCUUCUCCUCUCCGAAGACGGCCAUGGGGACAGCACGGAGUGCUCGAGCUCAUUUGGGCCCUCCUGCUCUGUUUCUGAUGACGAGACCAAGUCAGGCAUGCACGACAUGGAGGUGGACUCGCCUUUCCUGGGUAAUUUCAAUGUGGACGGCGCCGCUUCUCUUCCAAAGAUGGCCAGACAGAAGCAAGUGACAGCUGAGUGGAGAGAGGCCGUUCGCCCAAUUAUGUGGCGAUGCCAGUGGUUAGAAUUGCGUAUGAAGGAGCUUUCGUCGCAAGUAGCAAAGUAUGACAGGGAACUUGCUUUAAUCAGUCAUGAAAAAGAUCUGCAGUCUGAGAUGAUUGCAACCGAUAGUUCUGGUCCAGAACUGGCAAAACAGGAUGCCCAAGGCCAUGAUAGAAAUAUUAUGAAGAGGAGACAACGGCAAAGGCUUGAAGACAUCGUGGACACCUCAUUGUACAUGGAUAGUCAUCAAAUAUUAUCCUAUUAUCAUGAAAGCAAAAACAGAAAUAGUGGAGCUGAAACAGAUGGUCUGUUGAUUUAUGAUGAUGCAGUUGCUGAGGAUACCAAAAGAAGAGUUCCUGACAAUACAUUACCGGAGUCUAAGGAAACAGAUAGGGUCUUAGAACAAUAUUCUUUAACAGAUAUUCUUCGGACAAUUGAUAGUAUCCAGUCUCGAGUCCUUAGGCUUCAAGGUCAUCUCAGCAAGGUUUGCAGCAAUCACACACAAGUUAAGGUGCCUCCAAAGAGUCAGAAGGCUCAAACCCAGUUAGCCUCUUGUAAGAAGGAUGGACACCAUCCUCAGAAAAAGAGGGAUCUGAAUAGUUUGCUUCAGGAGGAGGAUAAACCUAGACCACUUGUUGGAGUGCCAACUGCUUUAUCAGAUAGGUGCACUGACUAUGUGAUGGAAUGUGGAAAGAGAAAUAUUGCAGAAGAAGGUGCAACACAACCAUAUGCAAAGAAAGUCACAUUUGAGACACUCUUUGGUGCAGAUAAUCCCUUAAUUGAUCAUACUCAUCUAGGAGAAUUAUACAAAGAAAAUGCUGAUGAUGUCCUAAUAGACAAUCGAGCAGCCCUAGUAGAAGGGUACCAGCAGUUUGAGAAGGUGAAGCAGGAAGCACAGAAUCAUGUGGAGCUGGCUAAUAAGGUUGCUAACACCCUUCUUUCCAGAGGAGAAGAAACUGUUGCAAGACAGGUAGUUAAGCUUGAACCAGUUUAUGAAAUAGCUCCAAGUGUGAAGCAAGUCGGCCCUGGAAAUAAACGAAGCAAGAAACCAAAGAAGAAAUCUGGGAGCUCUCUGCCUCCUUUGGAAGAGCAAAUCGAGAAGUCCCCUGAUGUACCUGCAAAGAAGAGAACUGUGAAAGAUCUGCACAAUUUGAAGAAUGAAAAGCCUGUUUUUGUAGCUGUGGACACGCGGAGGAGCCAACGAGUCCGAAAACCUAAAAAGUACGGAAGCGAUUGAGUUCCAGGAACGGUCCUGUCUCCAGAUUCGGUUUUGUCUUUGCUGCCCAAAUUUCUGGCACAUGGAAAACCAGAUGUGUUACCUAAUUGGUUUCUGCAAGUAGGCAUAGUUUGGAAGAAUAUAUGAAGUGGCAUAUCUUCGGCAGCUCCCCUUUACCUGGGACAGUAACAGCAGUAAUGCUGAGUUGAGAUUUUUUGGGUGCCUGCAAAUUGUUCUUGUGAAACCUGGAUUGUAUAAAGUAACAUCAGAUAGAAGUAUAGUCCGGCAUAAUACAAGUUGUUUCGUCAUUGCCAGUAGUGCAAAUGUAUGUAAAGCCAUGUUUUUUGUGUUCAGAGAUCUCAGGAUUCGGCAAGCAAAUAUGAAGUCGAUGAACUAAA